AUGGCCUCUCCCCCUGCCUCUUUCUCCCCCGUCUUGGUCUUCUGCCUGCUGACGCUCAGCCCCACGGACUCCGUAGAACCGGCCUCCAGCCUCCCAGAGGUCACCAACAGCUUCCAGACCCAGGAUCUGCGGGUCCCCCAGCCACGAGCAGUGACACAGCACCGCAGACACAGCCUUCAAAAGCAGGAGUGGGCCCACCACGGAGCGCUGGCCCGGGCCCGAGGUUCCGGGGAGGGCAGCCUGCGGCUCCUGGGCAGAUCUGCGUUGGGGGAACAGCCUGCCAGCCUCCGGCAAAAGGACAUUUUCUUGGGUUUUGCAUUUCCGUAUCCUGAGCAGGAGAACCACGCCCUGGGAUCCGAAAGAGGGAAGAAGCAGAACCGCGAGCUCCGACGGCACAGCCGCAGGGACAGGCUGAAACAGCACCGCGGCAAAGGUCUUGAUCAGGGGCCAAGCGCGCUGUACAAAAAGCCUGAAAACUUUGAGGAGCAAUUUCAGAUGCUCCAAGCAGAAGAUACUCCUAUGGGAAUGGCUCCCACUUCUCUUCUUGGCUCCACGCCAAAGGCAUCCACCGAGGAGCCACCGACUCUCCAAGCAACGUCCCCUCGGCCUCGGGCCCGUGUCAGGCAAGCGGGGGAUGUGAUGCCCACACUGGACAUGACUCUCUUCGACUGGACGGAUUACGAAGACCUCCGGCUAGAUAUGUGGUCCUUGUCCCGGAAGAAAGAGAAACAGCGGAGUAAGACCAGUGGGAAUGAAACCACACUGGCUGAAGGAGAGCCCUGUGACCAUCACCUGGAUUGCCUCCCAGGCUGCUGUUGCGAUUUGCGGGAGCACUUCUGCAAACCUCACAAUCGUGGCCUGAACAACAAGUGUUAUGACGACUGCAUGUGCGCAGAAGGUCUGCGCUGUUAUGCCAAAUUCCACCGCAACCGGAGGGUGACCCGGCGAAAAGGCCGCUGUGUAGAGCCAGAGUCUGCGGAUGGAGAUCAAGGAUCGUUUAUUAAUGUCUAG